AUGGCCAUUAAUGGCGGAUGGGAGGUGAGCUCGUUUAAGGUGCAAUGGAGUUGGUCGGAGAAGGAGGAGGCGCCAGUGAGUACAGCAGCUCCAACGGCGAUGGGCAGCGAGAAAACCUACAAGAGGACAACAACUUCUUCAACACUAUUCAUGGCUUUUCCGGCGAUGGCGACAGGUUUAAGCAAUUGUGAUGAUAUGCUUUCAAUUUAUGUUGGAGAUAACCGUACAGAUGAAGAUGCAUUUAAGGUUUGGGGUCGAGCUGCCGACGAUGGAAAUGAUAACGAGGAUGAUGACGUAGAUGACGAUUCAAAUAAUAAUAAAAAUUAUGAUAUUGAAUGUAAGGCGAAUAAUGAGGAGAAAGAAGACGAUGGUAGUUAUGAAAAUGAAACAAUAGAUGAGGACAAUGAAGAAAACUACUAUGAUGAGGAUGAAGAAGAUGAUAGCAAUAUCGAAAUAGCAUUGUAUGACCAUAUUGGUACAAGUUCACCAAGCUUUGAGAGUAUGAGUGAACAAAUGUAUUCGAACUAG